AUGGCGGAGCAAAACAUCGACAUCACGUUCGAUGAGGACAAUCGCAUCCGGGUUAUGCCCAAGGAGAAGUUCAAGCAGACUGAGUCACUGGAGGCCGAAUGCCAUGGCUUUGCCGACAAGAUCCAGGCCUUCAGCGGCACAGUGGACAUGCUUGUGGAGGUGCUGGACGGAGAAGCACAAAAGAUUGAGGAAGAGAAACUUCGGGCCAUCGGUCAGCGAAAUCGUGCCGAGAUGGAGGCUGAGGCGCGGAGGCGGAAGCAGCUGAGCAUGCAGGCCGCGAUCCAGGAGAAAACAGCCGAGCUCGAGAGGCUCGUCUUUCAGCUCAAUUCCCUGGAGCGUGUGGAGAGGGAGCAGUUCGCUCUCAUCGAAAAGCUCAGCACACUUGGUGGCACUAUGCAGCUGCCGUGCCAGGCCAUGGCGCUGUCAUGCUUGUCUCACCUUCCUGCAAGCUUUACCCUGUCAGAGCUCCAGCAUCACAUCAAGGACGAUGACCUCCUGCUGGCCGUGUGGGGGCGUGUCUUCGACGUCUCCAGUGGGAAGGAGUUCUACGGUGAAGGUCAGGGAUAUCGGCUCUUUGCAGGACACGACUGCACUCGAGCCUUCGCGUUGACGAGACGCCAGGUGGACAUGUUGGACCAGGGUCUGGAGGAUCUCAGUGACAAGCAGCUUCGGCAUUUGAACCGGACGUACUGGGAGACCUACGUGGCCAAGUAUCCUGUGGUGGGCCGUCUUCUUGACCCACCUUACGAUCCUAAGGACUACGAUAACUUUGCUGGACCCUACAGUGCCAUCCGCCGUACGAGGCCGAGCGGUGGUGAAGAGAGGCCGCGGGAAUCCAGGUGUCCGGUCACAAGGGCGGCCAAGGCAGUGGGGAGCGCCAUUGCCAAUCUUCUUCCGAGGCAGCUCUUGCCACGGUGA